AUGACAUCGUUAGAUUUUGCUGCGAGCAAUCAUAAUUUAGGUUCGAAUGGGUUAUCAUCUUUCGAUUUCGAUGCAACACCAACAAAUUCCGUCUCGAAUCAUGUUUUCGGAAACUCUACAUCGACUUCGACCGCAGCUCCAUCCUCGACGAUAUCGUCUUUGGCAGAUACUACCACCUUCGAAGACACUCUCUAUUCACUCAUUUCUGAAAAAGAGGGUAACAAGUACUAUAAAGGAUUCAGACGAACUCAUAAAUCACAAAAUGGCCAAAUAUUGAGAGAACAAAUGUUUUGGGUUGGAGAUUUUAUUCAAUUUUCCAUUGUUGGCAAUCCAAAUGAGCCAGCAAGCAUUCACGAAGGUCGAAUUUCAAGUAUUUAUACAUGUACUUUAUUCCCAAAUAUCAAAAAGUGUAAAGUACAAAUGCUCCAUACUCAACCACAAGUCAAGUCAGAAAUGGGUGUGAUUGGAAGUGAUUCUUUAUCCAUUAAGGAAAACUCAGCAAGACGAUUUAUGACUAAUUUAGAAGGUGAAAUAUUUCUUCAUACCAUUACUGGAAGAGUAUUCGUUGUAAGAGAUGCUAAAGAAUUGAAAGAACGAUGUGGUUUUUAUGUGAAAGAUGAUCCUCAUGUGAAUACGAUUGAUCAAGAUUGUUACACAAGUCAAUUAUUCAGCAACAGCAAUAAUAACAACAACUCUGUAAAGAAUGAUCAUCCAAUGUCAUCAUCAUUGACGUCUCAUUCCAAUACGAAUGGUACAACUCUCCUUCGACCACAAGUAUCCAUUCCAGAUUCUACUCAUUUGACCUUUUCAUGGACCAUGAAAGAUUUCAAAACACCUUCAACCUCACUCUACAAUUAUUACACGUCAUGUGUGAUUGGAGAGAAUUAUAAUCAUGGAGUGGUCAUGCUCUCAGUUGGAAAUGUUUGUACUUUGGAAUUAAGAUCAAAUUCUCAACAAGGGACAUCUUGCAUCAUUGCUCCUUCAUCAUUACAAACCAAUCAAACAGUUCAUAUGACGAAUGGUUCCAAAAUGAUCUUGAUGGGACGUAUUUCGAAAAUGUUUGAAGAGAAAUCUUCAUUACAACACAAGUAUUUUGCAAUUGAGGAAAUUCAAGUGAAUACUUCCAAUCGAAAAACAUCAAUCAUGAGUUAUACGGGUUGUGUCAAGACAGUUUCCAUUCAUGAUAUCAUCUCUGUCAAGAAACAAUUAUAA